UAUUGAGUUUAUUGCCUAUGAUCAACAGUCUGUUUUUAAAAACAAAGCAUAAGUAGGUUUAUUAAAAUACAAUGGUACGUAUAUAGGUAGUAUGUACAAUGUACUGGAUACAUAGUAGUAGUACCGUACGGUAAAUUGUUGUAUGAAACCUACGGUACUACCAUAGACCUAUAUAGGUCUAUGGUAGAAUAAAAUUAUCUAUGACAGUGUCCACAGAUGCUACGCAUCACCACAGGCUAAGAAAUUUCCAAUGAAUUUUAAAUUAUACGGAUUCAGUAAAAUGUUUAUACAUAUAUACGUAGGUAACUAUUUUUAAAUCAAUUGGAAUGUAACAAGAAAAGUAAUCUUCCACAGUGUUGCUCCACAUUUUUUUACUGCAAAUAUUUUUAGCCGGUCACUGAAAUUGCCUAAUGAAAUUCGGUAGGCAGCGGCUUGGCUCUGCCCUUGGCAUUGCUGAAGUCCAUGGGCGACGGUAACCACUCACCAUCAGGUGGGCCGUAUGCUCGUCUGCCUACAAAGGCAAUAAAAAAAAUAAAAAAAAAAUAUUUUUGUAUUGGUUGUAGCAUAGUGUGAGAUUAGAUAAUUUUAUACAACAAUAUAUUUAAUUUCCAAGAAACUUUAAAAAUGUAAUGUUGUCAUAUUUUGAUAAAUGUAAACUUUUAAAUUUUUAGUAGUCUCUGCAUUACGCACAGCUCGUAUUACAAAAUAACUAUAACCGAUUUCCUUUUUAUUCUGACAUACAGUUGUGAAACUAAGCUUGUAACCUCAUUUGAGCAGUCCUCUAGUCAGACGUAUUUCUGUGCCGAUAGAUUGAUUGGCUUCAACCUAGAUCAAAUGUCGUUAUAUACGAGCUGCUAAAAUGCAUCGUAGCAACUUGUCCAUCUCCUCGAGCAGCAUAAUAUAGCGGCACCCUUCUGCUGCAUCAGGCGGGGACUACCCGUCCUCUUGAGGGACGGAAACCGUUCCAGCUCCAAAUGGCUGAGAAUCACACCCGCUGAGAAAUUCUUUACAAGGAGGAGCCGUGUCUUUUGCGUGUAAAAAGAUCACAAAUACACGGAACUCGUUUCUACUAACGUGAAACGUACCGUGCAGCCGGAUCUCCUCUUUUCCAAACGUCAUGAGAUCAUUAUGAUGCAGGAGGCGACGCAUGAGAUACCAUAUCGAUCUGGCGCUCCUACCGAAUAGACUUCACAUCACUAUCAGAGUGUUAUCAGCGUUGACUAUUGCACAUCUCACACGUUGAACAGCAACAUUCAAUAGAAAAAUCAACAACAGUCAUCUCACAGUCAGCCAGUUUCACAGAUUUAAUAGGUGUGUCCGAAUCAUCGCGCUCCUUGGUUCUAGGGUACAAACCUUCACCGUCUCUUAACACCUCUGCAGAUUUUCAUAGUGAUUAAAUAGAUCCUGAAUGGCUUUGUGACUGAAAAUACAUAGUGCUUUAAUCAUUAUGAAUUAUAGGUCAUAAAACUUAACAAAAAAUAUAUUUUUUUCAUAAUAAUCACUUUUUUCAAUAAAUAUCGAUUAUUUUUAGGUUGCUAUUUCUUUCAAGUAUUUACCAAAGGGUUCCAGUACUGCGUGAAACGAAAAUUUUAGUUCACUAAAUUGUUGAUUUGUUGUGUAGAUGGCGCGAUAAACUUGUAAACUCCUAAACUGCGUAUGGUGCACUGACGUUUUUGGUUAUUUUUGUUCUCACCUCGUGUUUACUUUUGCAUCUAAUUUCGGUUCAAUUGCAAAAAUUCAAUUGUGCAAUAACAUAAAGAUAUAUAUCGCGUGAAAAGGAUUCGACCUCGUUUAUAACCGUAUCGAUCUGUAGAUCUGGACGCAGUAUAUGUAUACAGCCUUAUCACGUGGUGGUGUGGUGGUUUAUGUAAUUCUUGUUUACCGCACAAACGGAAAGUUUGCGCAUGUGCGUUUCUCAGUAACCUCAAAGUGUUGAGUACGGGUUCGGUACGUUCCGGACAUCCGGGUGUAGUCGGUAUUGUGAUGUGUGGAGGCGCGAGCGGCACGCGAGCCGCGUGUGGAUAGCGUCGUUAGAGCCCGGUCAUGGCCCAGGCCCAGUUUACACGGAGCUCUGAGAGCGAUGCUUGGGCGCUCCUGUCGCUCAAGUCGGCGCCCUCAUCGCCAUCAAAAGUGCAGUGGGCCCAGGAAACUGCGCCCGCUGCGAUUGCGCGCCUCGAGGGUCGCGACUUCGAGUAUCUGAUCCGGCAGAAGCGCGUCAUCAUUGGGCGCAACUCAAGCCGUGGUCAGGUCGACGUCAACAUGGGGCACUCAAGCUUUAUCUCUCGUCGUCACCUCGAACUCAUGUACGAUCAGCCCGAGUUCUACCUCACCUGCAACAGUAAAAACGGUGUGCUCGUCGACGGCGUAUUCCAGCGAAAAGGAUCCCCGCCCAUGUUACUGCCCAAGAGAUGUACAUUUCGUUUUCCGUCGACGAACAUCCGGCUGGAGUUCCAGUCGCUGGUGGAGGCGGGCGGCGCCGCGCUGAGCGUGGCCCCCAUGCCGCCGCUGCGCAUCACCAUACCCACCGACAGCGACGGUCGCAGCCCGGCGCUCUCGCCUACAGGCACGAUCAGUGCGGCGAACAGCUGCCCCACGUCCCCGCGCGGCGCGGGCUCCUCGGCGCGCCGCCACGCCGACCUGGGGCUGGUCGCGCACUGCGCCGCGCUGGCCGACCACGCGCGCCCCGACUCCAACGGGACCGCGUCGUCAUCGAUGAGCGAGUCCGUGUACGGCGGCGUGCGUGACGUGCGUGACGUGCGCGACGUGCGUGACGUGCGUGACGUGCGUGACGUGCGCGAGCGGGACGCGCCAGACGACGUGAAGCCACCCUACAGCUACGCGCAGCUCAUCGUCCAGGCCGUGGCCUCCGCGCACGACAAGCAGCUCACGCUCAGCGGCAUCUACAGCUACAUCACCAAGCACUACCCCUACUACCGCACCGCAGACAAGGGCUGGCAGAACUCCAUCCGACAUAAUCUCUCGCUCAAUAGGUACUUCAUCAAGGUGCCGCGCAGCCAGGAGGAGCCCGGCAAGGGGUCGUUCUGGCGCAUCGAGCCCGCCUCCGAGAUGAAGCUCAUCGAGCUCGCGUUCCGGCCGCGGCGGCCGCGCGGCGUGCAGUUCCGCGCGCCCUUCGGCCUCGCCUCCCGCAGCGCGCCCGCCUCCCCCGCGCCCGCGCCCGCCUCCCCCUCCGCGUCCCCGCCCGCCGCCGCCGCGCACGCCGCGCUGGCGCGCCCCACCAGCGCGCCCGGCUCCCCGGGGGACGGCGGCGUGGGCGCGCUGCUGGUGGCCGGACACCACAUCACCGUCGUCACCAACGGAGCCGGCGGCGAGCGGGAGGAGAAGUACGUGGUGGGCACGACGUCCGGCGGCAACCUGGUGUCCAUCCAGGAAGAGGAACCCGCGCACCUGGUCAUCCACCAGCACUCGCCCUACUACGCGGCGGACGGCGAGCUCGUCAUACACGACACGCCGCCGCACAAGCGGAGCCGACAGGUGGAGCUAGAGGACAGACGCGCGUAUUGACGCUAGUCCAGCGGAGCCCGCCCGGGACGCGCCUCGCGCCGCCCCACGCCGCCCCACGCCACCCCACGCCGCCGCACGCCGCCCCACGCCGCCCCACGCUGCGGGCAGGCGAGGCCUUCCCGACACGUUCGGUCACAGUUCCCUCUCACGGAUAAACUGAUGAGUGCAAUGUUACACAAAUAUUGUAUUUUGUAUUUAGGCUUAGUUUAAAUAUAUAUUAAAACAAAAUAUGUAUUCAAUAUACUUGCGUCGCCACUGUCGCCCCCCCGCCGCGCCCCACCCGCCGUGACGUCACACCGACCGUCCACACGGGUGUUUCAUUUAUAUGUUAAAAGUUGAAUUAACUUUCCUUUAUUUAUAACCAAAUUUCAGUAUUAAUUUUAUGUACUUUUGUAGAAAAAUAAAUACUUUUGUGUAUUUCGCUCCGACCCAAAUAUGUAAAUAUGCAUUUUUCUAUUAUUAUCAAACUGUAGGAAAUGAUUUGAAUAAAACGAGGUGGGGUGGGGUCAUUCUCGUUCAACCGCGCCCGUGUCGCGUCCGUGCCGAGUCCGUGCGGCGUCCGUCUCACGUCUGUGUCGCGUCCGUGCGCGUCCGUAUCGCGUCCGUGCGCGUGUGCCAUUCGUGAAUGAAAAACGCUAUAAUUAUUCGUGCUAUUAUCAAUUUAUGUGAAUUUGUUACGAACGUUUGGAGGGCGCCGCCCGGCAGUCCGCACUGCACCGCCGGCCCGGGGCUCCCGCUGCCGGCGCCGGGCCGCGACCGCUCGCUAAUAGUAAAUACCUAUUUAAUCGAUUCUUUUAUAAACUCUUGUCUGAAUGAAGAUUUUUAAUAAGUUUUUAAUAAGUUUCUAUCGCGUGAGAAGUGUUCAGAAUGGAUUUGUUUGUGAAAGUGCGCGAGGAGGCGGCACAAUGUAAUCGAAGACACGUUUUUCUAUUGAUAUAUUUAUCUAAAAUUUACAAAAAAAAAACGAACAAAGUUUCGAGAAUUUAAUGAGAAUGACAUUAAGCAAUAUAAACAUUAAGGAUAAUAUAAUCGAUUAAAGUAUUCGAUUGUUGAUCGAUAGCGGAAUAUUGUGAUAUUAUAAUAUCGAUAACAAUCGGCGGUUUGUGAUGAAACUGCUCUUAUAUUGUAUUGACUUUGUAUAGAGUUGCACAAGUGUACCAGUGAACCCUCGUAUGACGUCACCGACAGCUCCGACCCCGUCGGGACUGUCCGGGACAACAUCCACUAAUGUUAGUUAAUGAUAAGAGGCAUUGUGAAUGCCGCAGUUAGUCGGUGCAGCGACCGCGCGCGCCGUGCUCGUGCCGUCCCGCUCGCACGCGGCGGCAGCAGGCGCGCGUGCGAGCGAGACGGCCGCAGCGCACGGCCGCACCGGCGCGGAGAGCGUGUCGGUGCGACUUGUAUCCAGUUCCGCGUUAAAUUUAUUGACAAAAUUUAAAUAAACGUAUUCUUUCUCCGCAA